ACGUUUUUCCUUUCACUUGUCCUCCUCUUUCUCGGCAACCAAACACCCAAAAUUUUCUACUCCUACUCCUAAUUUCUCCCUCACCGGCUGACCAGCACGCUUCGCACCACCCUUUGGUGCUUCUUCUAAUAUCUUUGAAGCCCGGAGCGAGGUCACUAUUAACAGAUCCGGUAACCGGCAGCUGGACCACUGCUUUCGGAGGCAGCACUGUGAGGUUGUCUGGGAAUGCCUUUUUUGGCUGGAUCAAAAGAACUGAUAUUUUGAACUCAAAUUGGUAGCAAAAAUGGAAGAAGAUGAUGAUUAUGUGGAGUAUGUGCCUGUGGCCAAGCGUCGGGCCAUGGAAGCUCAGAAGAUUCUCCAACGCAAAGGGAAGGCCUCUACUGCCACUGACGAUGAUUUGGAGAAACUAAGUGUUGCUGAAACCAAGCCCAGUCUUCUGGUCAAAGCAUCACAGUUGAAACGAGAACAACCCGAGAUCAGUGUGACAGAACAGAUUGUUCAACAGGAGAAGGAGAUGAUUGAGAACUUGUCAGAUAGGAAAACCCUUAUGUCUGUUCGUGAAUUAGCUAAGGGGAUCACUUAUACAGAACCUUUGCUUACAGGGUGGAAGCCGCCUUUGCAUGUGAGAAGGAUGUCUAAGAAGGAAUGUGAUUUGAUUAGAAAGCAGUGGCAUAUAAUAGUUGACGGUGAAGAUAUCCCACCCCCAGUUAAGAAUUUUAAGGAUAUGAGGUUUCCGGAGCCAGUUUUGAAGAAUUUGAAAGCUAAGGGAAUUGUGCAACCAACACCCAUUCAGGUGCAAGGCCUUCCUGUUAUCUUAUCUGGGCGGGAUAUGAUUGGGAUUGCAUUCACGGGCUCUGGAAAAACUUUGGUCUUUGUCCUGCCAAUGAUCAUGGUAGCAAUGCAGGAGGAAAUUAUGAUGCCUAUUGUUCCUGGAGAAGGUCCAUUUGGUUUGAUUAUUUGUCCAUCAAGGGAACUGGCUAGGCAGACUUAUGAAGUGGUUGAACAAUUCUUGAUACCUAUGAAGGAAGCUGGAUAUCCAGAGCUCAGGCCUUUGCUUUGUAUUGGUGGAGUGGAUAUGAGAUCACAGCUUGAGAUUGUGAAGAAGGGUGUUCAUAUUGUUGUCGCCACUCCCGGGAGGUUAAAGGAUAUGUUGGCCAAGAAGAAAAUGAAUCUUAAUAACUGCAGGUAUUUAACAUUAGAUGAGGCUGAUCGACUAGUAGAUUUGGGAUUUGAAGAUGACAUAAGAGAAGUUUUUGAUCACUUCAAAGCCCAAAGGCAGACUCUUUUAUUUUCUGCCACUAUGCCAACCAAAAUUCAGAACUUUGCUAGAAGCGCUUUGGUGAAACCUAUUAUUGUCAAUGUGGGACGAGCAGGGGCAGCAAAUCUUGAUGUAAUCCAGGAGGUAGAGUAUGUUAAGCAAGAGGCAAAAAUAGUUUAUCUCCUUGAGUGCUUACAAAAAACCCCACCUCCCGUUCUAAUAUUCUGUGAGAACAAGGCUGACGUUGAUGACAUACAUGAGUAUCUUCUCUUGAAAGGAGUGGAAGCCGUGGCUAUUCAUGGAGGCAAGGAUCAGGAAGAGAGAGAGUAUGCCAUUGCAUCUUUUAAGGCUGGAAAGAAAGAUGUGUUGGUUGCAACUGAUGUUGCAUCCAAAGGUUUGGAUUUUCCUGAUAUUCAGCAUGUCAUUAACUAUGACAUGCCUGCUGAAAUUGAAAAUUAUGUGCAUAGGAUUGGACGAACCGGAAGAUGUGGCAAGACUGGUAUAGCAACAACAUUUAUAAACAAGAAUCAAAGUGAGACAACAUUACUUGAUUUGAAACACCUCUUGCAAGAAGCAAAACAAAGGAUUCCCCCAGUUUUGGCCGAGCUUAAUGAUCCAAUGGAAGAUAAUGAGGAAAUCACAGACAUAAGUGGAGUCAAAGGAUGUGCAUAUUGUGGUGGGCUUGGUCACCGAAUCCGUGAUUGUCCCAAAUUAGAACAUCAGAAGAGCAUGGCAAUCGCAAAUAAUAGAAAGGAUUAUUUUGGAUCUGGAGGUUACAGAGGGGAAAUUUGAAAGGCGCCUAUCCCUUGUGAACCAAUUUCUCUUUAACACUACUGGGUUAUGUAAUAUAUUUGCAACUUUUAUAUUUUGUAGUACUAAAUCGAAUGAAUUUCAUUGCAUUUGUACUGGUGUUUUUCAUAUGGUUGAAUUGAUAGAUUGUGUGUUGACUGAAUUGUGGAUUGAUUUUCACCUGUCUAUGCAGUCUAGGAUGAUUUACGUUGAAAUAACUUAGGUGAAUUGUAAGAAGCAGAUGCCUUGUGUUCUGGUGAUUUUUUUGCUAGAAUGUUAUAUGUUACAAGCUUGAUAUGGGACAUUGUCACUUUGCAAUAAUAGAAAUUCAAUUUUUAUUUCCAA